GGAUAUAAAUGCCCGUAGACACCACUGUUAGUUUAAAAAUCAAUGGGGUGGGGAGAAAUCAAGAUUUCUCCAGUGACUUCCAGCGAGAGCGGCUGAGCAGGAGAAAGUGGCCGUUUCUUUUCCUAUAUCUGUGGGCGACGGCGCUUCCGCGAUAGAGACGCCGCGGGCUAGAGCGCACCUUCUUCCGGACUGACUCGCGCUAUGGUGCGGUUUAAAAACCGGUACUUCCUGUGCGAGAUCAUCUCCGAAGACCCUCGCUGUCGGCAGUUCAUUGAGGAGCGCAUAGUGCACAAUGCGGUAAAGAAUGCAGUUGCAAGAAUACAUGGAGACUUUGGAGUCGCCUGUUGCUCUAUUGCUUUUUCAGUAAAAUACCUGAAUGCCUACACGGGAGUAGUUCUCUUCUGCUGCCGGAAAGAUUUUUAUCGGCUUCUGUGGUCGUCCCUUCCUUUUAUUACUCACUUGGAAAAUAGGAGCCAACAUUGCCCCUGCUCUUUUAACACACUUCAUGUUGGAGCAACAAUACGGACCUGUCAGAAAUUCCUCAUUCAGUACAACAGGGAUCAGCUACUGCUGCUGUUACGGAACUGUACCAGUGAAGCCGAUAGAGAAGCCAUCCGGAAGUCGGUCCAGAGCUGUGUGCUUGUGGGAGUGGAGCGGUUCCGGAGUGAAGAGAGUGAGGAGAACCUGGAGAUGGACUGAAUUACAUCACCUCUGAAGUGCUUAGGCAAGGAGUGCCUCUCAAGGGCAAGGAUCAGUACCUUUUCUCCAUUAUAUAUACAUAUAUUUACAGAGUUUUACACAUCUUUUAUAAAACUAGCUGAAGCUAUGUGUGUAUUGUACCAAUCUCUCCCCCCACCCCCGGUCUCUGCUCCUGUUUGUUCAAGGAGGGGGGGGGAGGGAAGCUUUUGACCCACAGAAAAACCACAAGGGCUGGACACUGGGUGGAAUUGAUGGUGUGGCGUAAUGGUGCAGCACAUAGAAGAGUUACUUCCAGAGGAGCGAACCGGAGGCUGUUUUCCAAGCAUGGAUUCAGUGCAUUUGCUGGAAAACGUAAGACCAUGAAUGCACACAGACAGGCCAACAGUGGGGUCACUGGUGGAUUUGCAGUGUGCUGCAAAGAUAGCAGUCCGGGCAGCAAAUGGCCAUGGUUGGCAGCACCCAAUAGCCCACGGAGCAAGCAAAAUGGCGCCCCUCCUUCUCUGAUAGGAGCAGCAAAACGCUACCCAAGUGAAAUCCCGGUCAACAAGCAAUAGCAAGGCCAGAAGAUGUUUGUUUGGGAUGGAACUAGCAACCGUUAACAAGGUCUGAAUUUGGAAGAUGCACAUUCUGUACAUUUUCCCUUUUUUUGUAUCGUUCUGAUAAUUUUAUACCGCAGGUGGGUUAUUUUGAGGGCAUAGUAUGACUAUAAUUCUUUGUAUAACACAGUUCUAAGGGGCUAAACAAAGAAAUAAAAAACCAAAAAAAUU